AUGCGUCCCUCCCGCUACGCCUUGAUCCACCCCAUGAUGUGCGCAGACGGCGGCUACCCAACUGACUUCAACACCCCACGACCGCUCGAAGACUUUCUCGAAAUGGGCGAAGGCCAGCUCGAAAGGAUCAUGAUGGCUUACGAGCUGGCAUCUGCAGGCUCAUGGCUUGAUCGAGGGCUACAUGGCGAUUUCAUAUCUGCGAGAUAUGGCUAUGGGUGCAAUGGCCCUCGACGGAUGUCGAGAUUGAUUACUCUCCUCGAAUACCUCGGAGCGUAUAGGCUUGCUGAACAACUUCGACUUCGUCGGCCUGGACUUCCGUUGGGGCUUCCUCGUUAUGGCGUUCCCUUGAUGGGAUACUAA